AUUUAAUAACAUUGUUAAUAUGGAGUAUGCAGCGCACCCUGACAAAAAAAGUGAUCAAAUAUUUAAGGAAAAAAACAUAAAAACGGAAGACUGUUUUUUAAUAAGUAAUAAAGAACAAAUUCUUCAAUAUUUUGAACUUUAUAAAAAGUAUUAAAAUAUUUCUCACCUUUUUUUCUUUUCCGGGAAGAACGAUACAGAUGAAGAUGAUGGCAUAUUUUCAGAAUAUUGUUUCUAUAAUCUAAUUAUAUACAACUAACAUUUUUUUUUUGAACUAACAUUCAAUAAAUAGACCGGAUUACGUUGAACUUACAAUGCAAGACGUUUAGGAAAUAAAUCACCAUAUUAUAAACACUGAAUCUCCACGUUGUGUAAUUGAAUAAUUUACAAGGAUAUCAAUCUUAUCUGUAAGAUACGCAUUUACAAGGAUAGCCGAUUGUCUAUCCAUGCCAAAUUAAUAAAUCUAUAAGAAGUGCAAACCCCUCUUGGAAACCAUAUUCAACAAAGGAGGGUGGUAAAGAUAAGCAAAGAGAAUGAAAUCCCUAACAAUCCACACCCUAAUCAUCACUAUUUUCUUCUUUACAAUCUCAACAUCAUUUGCAUCACCACCAAGACUCGAAGACGUUUUCUCACAGUGCACCACAGAUUUUAAACCCUCAAAUCCAAAUUUCCCAAUACAAAACUUCACAUACACUCAACAAGACCCUAGUUUCCUCACAAUCCUCAACAACUACGUCCGUAACCUCCGUUACUUCAACAACACGACACGUAAGCCCGUCGCGAUCGUAGCAGCCGCAGACGUUACUCACAUCCAGGCCACGAUCACCUGCGCCAAAAGACUCAGCCUCCAGCUCCGUAUCCGAAGCGGAGGCCACGACUAUGAUGGGAUGUCGUAUUUAUCAACAGUCGAGUUCGUCGUCCUAGACAUGUUCAACCUCCGUUCUAUCGAGUUUGAUCCUAAACUCGACACCGCGUGGGUCCAAUCCGGUGCUACACUCGGAGAGAUCUACUACGGAGUUGCCAACAAAAGCAACGAUCUCCGUGGAUUUCCUGCCGGAAUAUGCCCCGGUUUAGGCGCUGGUGGACAUUUUAGCGGUGGCGGUUACGGAAACAUGAUGAGAAAGUACGGUUUAUCGAUCGAUAACAUUAUAGACGCAAAGAUCGUUGAUGCUAAGGGAAGAGUGUUGGACCGUAGCUCGAUGGGGGAAGAUCUUUUCUGGGCCUUACGUGGCGGUGGAGCCGCUAGUUUCUGUGUUGUCUUAGCAUGGAAGAUCAAGCUAGUUCCGGUUCCAGGGAAGGUCACAGUCUUUAACGUGGAAACUGUCGGAAACAGAGGAGGCGUCAACACCACGGAACUUGUAUUGAAAUGGCAAGAGAUCGCAGACAAGACCGACGACAAUCUGUUCAUAAGGUUAACUUUAAGCACAAGCAACAAAACUGUGAAGGCUUCUUUCAUGGGAAUGUUCCUUGGAGAUUCGGCUAAGCUUCUAGAAAUCAUGAACACGGAUUUCCCGGAGCUUGGUCUGAACAAAUCAGAGUGUCUAGAAAUGAAAUGGAUCGAAUCGGUUCUGUUCUGGCUAAGUAUCCCACCCGGUACAGCACCAACAUCGGUUAUUCUAAACCGGAUUCCGCAAAAGCAAAUCUACCUCAAGAGAAAAUCCGAUUACGUCCAAAAACCGAUAUCAAGAACCGGUUUGGAUGCGAUAUUCAAGGUUCUGUUAGAGAACGAGAACGUGACAAUGGCUUGGAACCCGUACGGAGGGAGGAUGAGUGAGAUUCCAUCGACGGAAACAGCGUUCCCGCACCGAGCAGGGAACAUGUUCAAGAUUCAGUACGCAGCGAACUGGUUCGUGCAAGGGGAAGCAGUGGCUAACGAAUGCUUGAGCCAGACGGAAAGAGUGUUCGAGGCAAUGAGCCCUUACGUGUCAGAGAAUCCACGAGAGGCGUUUUUGAACUAUAGGGACGUUGACAUUGGAACGAGCUUGAACUCGACGUACGAGGAAGGUAAAGUUUAUGGGGUGAAGUAUUUUAAGAACAACUUCGAGAGAUUGGUUAAGGUCAAGAGCAGAGUUGAUCCCGAUAACUUUUUCCGGUACGAGCAGAGCAUUCCUGUGCUCUCUAGUCACUAGAAAUUACCUAGAGACACAUUCUUGCUUCCGCUAUUGAGAAGUUCUACCAAAAUUUAUAUUUUAAUAGUAAAAACAAAGUCAACAACCUAAUGGUUUGAGCUCUCUAGUUUUAUUACUCAGACCUAAAAUAUUGAGAAGUUCUUCUUUUAAAAAGAUUAAAACAUGUACGUUUUAGAAGAUAAGGAAUGUAAUAUUUUUCUGUA